AUGGGGGAAUCAACAAAGCGAAAGCGCGACCAAACAGAAGAGUCUGCCGUUGAAAAUUCUACGGUAACAGAGGUUGAGAAGUCUACAAAGUCUGCGCAAAAACAAGAGGAAGAGACUUGCUUCGUCGAUCUCGGUCUUGAUCCCAGGCUGCUACAAGCCAUCGCUCAGCAGAAGUUCGCAAAGCCUACUCUUGUCCAGCGCAAGGCGAUUCCUUUGGCUCUCAACGGACAGGAUGUUCUCGCCAAAGCAGACUGUGGUUCUGGAAAGACGGCAGCAUAUGUUCUGCCUCUGCUGUCAAGCAUUCUGAAGCGCAAAGCUACUGACUCUACCGCUUUCACCACCGCCCUUAUCCUUGUCCCAACCCGCGAGCUUGCCGACCAGGUCUUCAAGGCCAUCGAACUCUUUGCCUCGUUCUGCGCAAAGGAUAUCAGCACUGUCAAGUUGACCGACAAGGUCUCCAACGCCGUCCAGCGCGCCCUUCUCUCCAACUCUCCCGACAUCGUCAUCUCGACACCUUCGACUGCCUGGUACAAUGUCAACUCGUCCUCCCUCUCGAUCGACAAGCUCACACAUCUCAUCUUGGACGAGGCCGAUUUGGUCCUUUCAUAUGGUUACAGCGAGGAUCUGGAGAACCUGUCGCGAGUAGUUCCCAAGGGUGUUCAAGUAAUGAUGAUGAGUGCUACUCUUACCGACGAAGUCGACACACUCAAGGGGAUCUUCCGACGCGACCCAACCUUGUUGGAUCUCAAGGAGAAGGAAGCUGAAGGCGAGGGCAUCACUCAGUUUGUCGCCAAAUGUGGUGAAGACGAGAAGUUCCUCCUUGCAUACGUCAUUUUCAAGCUCAAGUUGAUCAAGGGCAAGUGCAUCAUCUUCGUCAGCGAUAUCGACCGAUGCUACCGCCUCAAGCUCUUCUUUGAGCAGUUCGGUAUUCGAAGCUGUAUUUUGAACUCGGAGCUGCCCCUGAAUUCGCGAGUCCACGUUGUCGAGGAGUUCAACAAGCAUGUUUACGACAUCAUUAUUGCCGCCGAUGAGAAGAACGAGAUGCUAGGAGACGACGACGAAGCCGCCGAAGCCGGUGAGACUGAGACCGAGAAGCAGGUUAACGGAGACGACGAUGCGGAAACGGAUACAAAGCGACCUAAAAAGAAGGUCAAGAAGUCCAAGGGUGGCGAUAAGGAGUAUGGAGUAUCAAGAGGUGUUGAUUUCAAGAAGGUUUCCGCAGUCAUCAACUUCGAUCUUCCCUCCACAGCAUCAGCCUACACGCAUAGAAUAGGACGUACAGCACGAGCCGGCCAGACUGGUAUGGCUCUCUCAUUUGUCAUUCCUAAGGAUCUAUACCGAAAGCACAUGCCCACAUCCACCCCGGCUUGCGAGAACGACGAGAAGAUCAUGGCCAGGAUCGUCAAGCAGCAGGCUAAGCGAGGCAAGGAAGUGAAACCCUACAACUUCAACAUGAAGCAGGUGGAUCCUUUCCGAUACCGAAUGAACGAUGCCCUCCGCGCCGUCACCAAGGUUGCUAUUCGAGAAGCCCGGACACGAGAGCUGCGACAAGAGCUGUUGAAGAGUGAUAAGCUCAAGCGUGAGGGAAAAGUCAAGUAUCUCGGUCUUUCAGAAGUCUCGUCUACAACCAUCCGUCGCGCCCACACCAUCCAUCCCAUCACAGCAGUUCAAGUCGAAUACAACCCUUGGACACUUGAUAUCGAAGGACCCUCAGGAACACACCUUCUCAAGACAUGCGAAGAAUUGGAUAUCUCCGUGUUUGCUUACUCCCCUCUCGGCCGGGGUAUCUUGACGGGCCGUUUCCGUUCCAUUGACGAUUUUGAAGAGGGUGAUGCCCGGCGGAAUUACUCGCGCUUCCAGGGCGACAACUUCAAAAAGAAUCUGGUGGUCGUGGACAAAUUUAAUGAACUGGCCAAGACCAAGGGCUGCACUUCCUCGCAGCUAGCCCUGGCUUGGCUCUUGGAGCAGAGCCCGAAUGUGUUUGUGAUUCCGGGCACUAAGAAGAUUAAGUAUCUGGAGGAGAACGUGGGGGCGUCCGGGGUGAAGCUGAGCAAAGAAGAGGAGCAAGAGUUGCGAAAGUUAACAUCGGACGCUGAAGUUAUGGGAGGACGGAAUCCCCUCUUUGGAAACUAUGCGGACACAGUCCCUCUAGAAGACUAA